ACUAACAACAAGCUUAGAGUUAAGUGGUUGAAGCACUUUGAUAAGCACACAAAGGCGCACACUGUUGGCAGCUAUUGGCUGCUUAUUCUGGACGGCCACGAGAGCCACAACUCAGUCGAAUUCCACCAGUACUGCGAGGAACACAAGAUUAUUACCCUGUGUAUGCCUCCACACUCGUCGCACCUACUGCAGCCACUUGACCUACUUAACGUCACCUGCUUCUUGCCACUAAAGCGCCUGUAUGGCGAUGAGGUUUCAGCCUUAGCACGCAGUUACAUCUACUAUAUUAACAAGGAAACCUUCCUGCCAGCCUUUAAAUUAGUGUUUAGUAAGGCGUUUACUAGAGAGAACAUUCGCGCAGGCUUUAGAGGUGCUAGGCUAGUCCCACAUAACCUAGAGGUGGUGUUAUCAAAGCUUGAUGUGCGCCUGCGCACGCUAACGCCACCAAAACCCAGCGACGUCGCCUAG